AAAGGCGGAGGAGGCUUUGAGCCGCGGUGUUCGAGCCCACGACUGUCCUCCCGAGGAGCGAGCCUGGGGCUGGACAGCUCGGCCUCCUGCCGCCCGGGCAGCCUGUGAGGAACGCGGAGCCUCCAGGACACGGGCGCCACCCCUUAGCUGCCCGCCGCCCUGCCUGCGGCGUCACCUCUCGCGCGGGUCGCGAGCCAGGCCGCACGCGAGCCAGGCGGAGCCUCUCUUCUCCUGCCUUCCAGCGUGCUUUUUUUUUUUUUUUUUUUUUGCAUCGUUUGACAUUUGGGUUCAGUUAAACUUGGGGCUUCUACGAAGAAGGACCUGUUUGGUUUUGUUGUUAGGGUGUUUUUUGGUUUGUUUGGUUUUGUUUAUUUCCAACAUGGCAGCCUCCAGCCGCGCACAAGUUUUAGAUCUGUACCGGGCGAUGAUGAGAGAGAGCAAGCAUUUCAGCGCCUACAAUUACAGAAUGUAUGCUGUCAGGAGAAUAAGAGAUGCCUUCCGAGAAAAUAAGAAUGUAAAAGACCCUGUAGAAAUUCAAGCCCUGGUGAAUAAAGCCAAAAGAGACCUUGAAAUAAUCCGCAGACAGGUCCAUAUUGGCCAACUAUACUCAACUGACAAGCUUAUCAUUGAGAAUCAAGAGAAGCCCAGGACAUAGGAAGCCAGCACUAGGAAACAGCCUCCGCAGCAGAACUGACCACCUCCAGCAUCCAUUCUAUAUGGUGGAACCUCCCAGUACUGGGUGAAAUAGCCACUGCUCUGCCUGCCUUGUAGGCACUGACAAACUGAGUCCCAUUUGCAUUCUGUCACAGCUGUUAUGUGAAGAAAUGGCUGUGUAUCCUCAUUUUGGGUGUAAGAGUGAAGAGCUGGAGGUCACUCAGAAUAAUGCUAUAUGUUAUUGUGUCUCCUCACCAUCCUACCCCAUCUUAAAGAUCACCCACAUUUGUAUAGAGCUUUUGCAGACUCUGUGUCUUGGUCCUUAACAGUAAACAUAAUUAUAUCUCUAUCCUUUUGUACCAAAUAAACCCAUUACAAUGAA